AUGUUGAAUCCAUUGGGCACGCUAUUCGUGUUGAAUGCGACAAAUAUCACGGCCUCCACACCGGGAUGCACAGACGAUGAGGCCACGUACAUCGUCAACUUCCGUGCACACAUCCAGCGAGACAUUCAGGAAGCACUCGUUUCGGUCAAUUCGAAAACAAAGGGGUCGGGCCUAACUAACGAAUACAUCGCACAGGACGGUGAAAGUGCAGCAAUGGCAGCAAGCAAGUCGUAUCUUGGAACAGUUCUGGAGGAGUUGAACAUGGAGCUGUUCCCAUUCAAGGUCCAGGCCAAUCUGGUGCUGGAUCCACUUGAGCUGGACCAGGUUGGAAACAUGGGAAGCGCAGACCCAUCGUGUGAGAUAGGAGAUGCACUGAAGUCGAGGACUCAGCUCGCCUACAACUCGCUCGUCGAUAAGUUCGGUGACUUCGUUGGAAUCCACUUCUUCAUAUUCAGCUGCAUAGUCGCAAAGGACGCCUAUUCACCAGUGCACGUCAUCGAAAAGGACACCUGUGGCCGUGUUGUUGGUGUCAUGUGGAAUGGAACAGAUGACACCAAGGGCGUAUUGAAGUCUGCCAUAAUGCAGGCUAUGACUGGCAUACCAAACAUGUUUGCAAAUGGUAAAAUGGGAUUGGCAGACAAGAGCCCAAUGUGCGUGUUCACCGAGGGAUGCAUUUCCACAGUCACAAGUGCCCUGGGCCAGCUUGUUCCAGGCCACCUUCACGUCACAUUCACCAAGAAGCCAAAGGAUGCCGUAAAGAGCCUUGCUGGAAAGGUAGGAAGCGUAGCAGACGCCCUGAACCCAAUAAAGGCCUUCUCUCGAUCCAGGGGGUAG